CCCGUCUCUCUCUCUCUCCCCCCAUCGUCGACCCAUCCCCAAUUGGCCUCGCCUCGCCUCGCCGCCGCACCAUGGCCGCCGCCUCCUCCACCUCCCUCCUCUCGCCGUGCGCCCUCACCGCCAGGCUUGGGGUGGGGCACGCGUCCUAUGGCCCCGGGCGCCGCGCCAGCGUGCGCCGGCGCGGGCGCCUCUCGGUGGUGGCCGUGCAGACGGGCCCGCAGAAGCCGUCCCCGUCGUCGUCCCAGCCCGCCGCGGCGGGGGACGAAGCGGACGCGCUGCAGAAGCUGCUGAAGCAGGAGUACAAGUACGGGUUCGUCUCCGACUUCGAGUCCUUCUCCAUCCCCAAGGGGCUCUCGGAGGCCACCGUCCGCCGCAUCUCGGAGCUCAAGGCGGAGCCCGCGUGGAUGCUCGACUUCCGCCUCGCCGCCUACCGCCGCUUCCUCACCAUGGUCGAGCCCACCUGGAGCGACAACGAGUACGCGCCCGUGGACCUGCAAUCCAUCUGCUACUACUCCGCGCCCAAGACCAAGCCCAAGCUCAACAGCCUCGACGAGGUCGACCCGGAGCUGCUCAAGACCUUCGACCGCCUCGGCAUCCCGCUCACCGAGCAAAAGCGCCUCACCAACGUUGCCGUCGACGCCGUCAUCGACUCCACCUCAAUCGCCACCACCCACCGCGAGGCGCUCAUGGCCAAGGGCGUCAUCUUCUGCUCCAUCUCCGAGGCCAUCCGCGAGUACCCGGACCUUGUCAGGCGCUACCUCGGCAGCAUCGUGCCGCCAGGCGACAACUACUAUGCCGCCCUCAAUUCCGCCGUGUUCAGCGAUGGGUCCUUCUGCUACGUGCCCAAGGACACGGUCUGCCCCAUGGAAAUCUCAACCUACUUCAGGAUCAACGACAAGGAGACCGGGCAGUUUGAGAGGACUCUGAUUGUGGCUGAUGAGAGAAGCACGGUUAGCUAUUUGGAAGGCUGUACUGCCCCGGCAUACGAUUCGAAUCAGCUCCAUGCUGCAGUUGUGGAGCUUGUGUGUGAGGAGGGGGCAGAGAUUAAGUACUCCACCGUGCAAAAUUGGUACUCUGGUGAUGAGGAGGGGAAAGGAGGCAUUUAUAAUUUUGUGACGAAGAGGGGACGGUGCAAGGGUCGUGGUUCGAAGAUCUCUUGGACACAGGUUGAGACAGGUUCCGCUAUCACAUGGAAGUACCCAAGCGUGGAGCUUGUUGGGGAUGACACUGUUGGCGAGUUCUACUCGGUUGCUCUUACAAAGGAUUGCCAACAAGCAGACACGGGGACAAAAAUGAUCCACAAGGGUAAGAAUUCACGCAGCCGGAUUAUAUCCAAGGGUAUCUCUGCAGGGAAAUCAAGAAAUUGCUACCGUGGCCUGGUCCAGAUGAACUCUGGUGCAGAGAAUGCUUAUAAUUCUUCACAGUGUGAUUCAUUGCUGAUUGGUGAUAAUGCUGCUGCGAAUACCUAUCCCACCAUUCAGGUUGGUUGCACCAGUGGCCGUGUGGAGCAUGAGGCAAGCACUUCCAAAAUCGGAGAGGACCAGCUGUUUUAUUUCCAGCAAAGAGGGGUAGACCAUGAAAAGGCUGUUGCCGCCAUGAUUGGUGGAUUCUGCCGAGCUGUUUUCGAGCACCUUCCCUAUGAGUUUGCGCAGGAGGUGGACGCACUCAUGAACCUGAAACUCGAGGGAUCGGUUGGCUAAUUUGUCAGCUCAGCACAACUCUGUGUAAUACUGCAUCAUAACCAAGUUACCUAGAAAAUCCAUGUGUACAGCAGUACGAGAAGAAUAAAGUGCAUGAUAAGUGGACAUUUCCUAGCUUGUUGUAAUACUGAAUGUUGAUGUUGUCCAUGGCAGUGAAGAUAGCAGUUGUGCCUGCUUCUCUUCUGUUCGCCCAUUUUCGCUACUGCUGUAAGCGAGCUCUUGUUGGCUCGCCAAUACAAGAAAUGGAAGUUCACGUUCGUCUAUACAAGA